AUGAUAGAAGAGGGUAUUAAUUCAAAUGACGCAGCAGGAGAUUUUACAAAUUUAGGCAAUCUCUCUGUAAACUCUAAAGCUAACAUACUAGAUAGGAGAAAAGUUAGGAAUAUUUAGCUCCAGAACAUUAGCAUGGAUGACUAAUAGGUAAUGCAUUUGUAAGUACAACAGAGAAGCAAUGCAAAUCAAUAUACUGAGUUAUUAGACCAGAUUAAUAUAAAACCUGGGUAGAAUAUAUUUGACAAUGAAUACUACCAUACCAAUAUUGUACAUGAAAUCGAUAUGUUUAGAAAUAACAUUAUUACUUCAACUUCCAAUUCAAAUAGAAUGACACCACAACCUUAGUAGUUAAAAAAGCAUGUCUUUUCUGCUCAUAAGACAAUCGACAUUGUUGAUCAGUAGAAUAAGUAUUUGAAGAAUACGAUUGAAAUAUAUGAUAAAAAUGAUUCCCCAGAUUUCAUAAAGUUACAACAAUUAAUACAUCCCAAUACAACAAAAACAAAAAAGAAGAAGGUAUCGGGUUUAGUUCUUACAAAUUAAUAAAGUGAUUUCGACACUGGAAUAACUAGCUUGAAAGCUAUUACAAAUAUAAGUUCAUACUCUCCAAAGGAUUUUAACGUUCAAAACCAAAACUAAAUGUUCCCUAAACCUAAAAAUAAAGCUUAAUAAUUUAUCUAAGAAUUAGUAAAACAUAGACAGUAAAAUAAUAAAAUUAGACUUGCUCACGAUAGAUCUCCUCAGAGAAUAGAUCCAAAUAGGUUAUUAGAUAAAAUCAAAUCAAAUUUGAAAUAGAAUAUUGUAGUAAAUAUUAAUGUUCCUGAUCUGGGGUUAUACAGAGAUGACUCUUACUUUCUUGAUAAUCAAAUUGAAACUUUAAAUAACGAGAAUUUGAGAAUAAGAAAAUAUCUUAAAGAGAUGAAUACAUGCUUAACUUAGAUUAUCGAUAAUCACAAAUAAAUUGAGUUCUUAAAGAGUCCUGAAAAAAUAGACAGAAAAAUUCCAACUUACCAAAUGCUAUAACAGCAUAACUCAGACCCCUAAGUUAUUGACCAGCUUUUGAUUAGUAAUAAUCACAGAGUUAUUCAAUUAGAAUAGGAAUAUUAAGUCCUUUAGAAAAGGGUUGAUAGGAGUUCUGACACCAAUUUAAAAUAACAGCUUACUAAUAAAAUAAACUAUCUAGAUAGUCAAAUAAAGACCAUUCAAUUAUCUAUGGGAAACAAAGAGCUUAGGCUAGAAGCAGAGUAGAUCGAAAUAAAAAUCUAAAGAGACAGAGAGAUAUUUGAAUAGGAAUAAUUUUAGUUCGAUGAUAUCAAAUCAAAAUAUAACGAUGUCAAGAGAGAGUACAAAAGUGCGAAAAUACUGGAAGAUAAGAUAAUAAGCAUAUCACAGCUGCACGAUAUGAGAAAGAAAUCAUUGAAGUUUGACGUUUCAAAUUAAAAGGGUAUAAUCAGAGAGCUAAAGAAGAAAAUAUAAGAAUCAGAGACUUUAGAAUAACUGCUAAAUCAAGAGAUGCAGGAGUAAGAGGAAAUUCUUGACAGAUUAAGAGAAAAAUCAGAGCCAUUGACAAGAAAAGAUAGUAAUUCACAGGAUAUAUUUAAGAUUGAAAUCUUUAGAUCUUCAGACGCAUUUAAAAGAUAUAACAGCUAAGAUAUGACGAUCUCUAAUAACAAUUUUGAGCCACAAACCUUUUUCAUGACAGAAAAUCUAGAUCGAAAUCAGAUAAAUAAUAAUCGAUAUGACAUUUCAACUUUCUAGCCUACGCAAAGAUCAUAGAUUAAUAACUAGUUUGUACAUUAGUCAAUCCUUUCCUCAAUUUAUCCUGAGGAAUAAUAGACCAAACCUCAUAACAGCAAAUAGCUUUUGAAACUGCCAACAGAUGGCAAUGUUAUGUUUGGCUCAGUAAAGCAUAGUACCUUAAAUCUUAAUUUUAUGAUGAGCGCUUACGAAAGUCCAUUGAAAGGCUACAGAAAUACAUUAUCGCUUCAUGAAGAAUCUCCUAUGGCUGGGAAAUAGUUGCAUAAAAUUCACAACCCCACGAGUUCAUAAUUAAAGUCGAUGGAUUAGAGAUAGUUGGAGGAUUUAUUGAUGCUCACUGUUAGAGAUUAAAAUUACACAUACAGUCAUAGAUUACCAGACUUAAAUGUGGAUGGAAAGCCCAUUCCAGCCAAGGAUAAUAAUAUAGAAGUUGUACAUAAUUUAGAACUUGAAUGA